CAAGUGACCAUGCCUCGCCCAGCGUUGCCGCCCACGCCCGGCUCCUCGUCCGAUAUCAGGGGCAAGGAUGGCGUGCAGCAGCUGUCGUCCCUGCAGCUGGCCUUUGAGCUGCCUCCGCCGGCCAUCCACGAUGCCGCUUCGCCCGUCGACCCCAAGCUCUCGCCCUUGUCCCCCAGCAGCUGCCCUCCUCCUCCUCCCUCCUCAAGCGCGAGUGCAAACGCGAGGAGCCUGGGCCCGGACAUUGCUACCUCGCCCAAGACGGUGUAUCCCAUGCAGGCGGCCGAGACGGUCAAGUCCCGCAGACGCUCGUCCGCCGCCACCACCAAGGAGUCCAGCAAGGACACCACCGGCAGCAGCAGCAGCAUCUUUGCCCUGCCGCCGCCGCCCACGCGGUCCAGGAAGAUUAUCCAGAUGAAGCCGCGCACCCAGCAGGACACCACCGCUCCCGGCACCGGCUCGGCAUCAUCCACCAAGGAAGCCGGCCGCGCUACUACCGGGAGAGCUUCCGCCGCCAAGACGGCCGCCGGGCCCGGAGCCGGAGGCGCCUCGGCCAAGGGUAGUAAUAGCGAGUCCAGCAGCAAGAAGAAGCAGCCCAGCGCGACCAGCGCCGCCGGCAGGAAGAUUGCGCGCAAGACGGCCCACAGCCUGAUUGAGCGGCGGCGGCGCAGCAAGAUGAACGAGGAGUUUGCGCUGCUCAAGAGCAUGAUUCCCGCGUGCACCGGCGAGAUGCACAAGCUGGCCAUUCUACAGGCUUCCAUUGAAUACGUCCGCUACCUGGAGGACUGCGUUGCCAAGCUCAAGGCCCAGCAGGAGCAGGCCCAGAGCAGCCGGCCCGCGGCCUCCUCCUCCUCGUCAUCCCACAGCCCGCUGCCGCCCAUCCGCGAGUUCCACCCGACCUUCAAUUGCGAGGAGGACCCGGCCGACGUCGAGAUGACCGACUCGGACGCGGCGCCGUCGCCCGUCUUUGCGCCCCAACAGCAGCAGCAGAACCAGCAGCAGCACCAUCCUCAUCAUCACCACCAGCAGCAGCAGCACCGGCGCACGUCCGUGUCGGUCUCGCCCGCGCUGCACGCCCAGGACUCGGAGCGCCAUCGCCACCGGCAGCACUCGUACUCGUCCGUGUCGACGACGGCGGCGGCGGCGGACCAGCGGCACUACAGCUACAGUGCCGCGUCCACGACGACGUCGCCCGCCUUUGGGCCGCAGCUGUUUGUGAAUGGCAAUACUAAUAGGUAUUCAUAUAAUACGAGCAGCGCUUCUGCGUCGGGGUCGACGCUGACGAGUCCUGCGCUGUUGCCGCAGACGGAUCUCGAUCAUGAGGCUACGGCGGCGCUGUUGAUGCUUAAUUGCGAUAGGAGAGGGUCGACGAUGGGGAUGAGGAAUGGUCAUGGUAAUGGUAAUAGUAAUCGGGCGCUGUCUGUGAGGGAUUUGUUGAGUUCAUGAU